AUGAACAGAGCCGCUUGGAACGGUCACUUGGACAUCAUCCAGUGGCUGCACCCCAACCGCACGGAAGGUUGUACUACCGAAGCGAUGGACUGGGCCGCCAAGAAUGGUCACCUGCACGUCGUCCAAUGGCUGCAAAACCUAGCGCCCACCCCAGCGCCCGAACCCGAUCUCUCUCUCUGCUCUUCUAUCGAGGACACAGAAGAACGUUUUCGACGCGCGGGGGAGGCUCUGUCAGCUUGGCGCGACAAACUGGACACCAGGAAGCGCGAGGCAAGCGUGCGCGAUCGCCUCGAAGCCGAGAUCCGCCACGAGGAGGAGGCGCUCGCCGCGCACAACUGGAGGCUGAAGAGGAAGAGCUCGCCGCACGCCGCACGCCGCACGCCACACGCAUCUCUACGAGGACGUGCACAGGCAGUCAAGCGCCCCCUAGUGCCCGAUCUGCCUUGA